CUAAAUAAUUAUAUUCCUCUGCAAAAAUCAAUUUCCAAAACCCAUUCUUGUUGAUUCUUCUCCAACCAAACCAAACCAAACUAAACCAAACAUGUCUUCUGUGACACAAGAAACAAAAACAGAACAACAACAUAUGAAGUGGAGAAAACCACCCAGAAAUCAAAUCAACAACAAAAACAAACCCAUUUCAGAAACAGAUCCUAACACAAAACAAAUCCAACCUAUUAUCCAAUCUACACGCUCCAAGUCCACAAUUUCAUCUCUGCUUCUCUCCAAUGAAACAACAUCACAACAACCCAUCAACAAAAAGAUCAACUUUUCAUCUGCAGCAGCUACCUUCAGAGGUUUAGGAUGCACUGCCGGUGCUUCUCAGCAAGUGUCGGUGCCGGCAGUGAUUCGUGCUUCAGCAGAUUGGCCUCAUCAAGGGAAGAAAACCAGAAAAAAGAAGCACAAGAAUAGUAAUGAUGGUUCUUCAUCUUCUUCUUGUGUUGAUUUUCAAGAUGUUUGGUGUGGUCCUGGAAUUGGAUUUUCAGCAGAUGCUGCUGCAUCUGUUGAUUGUGUUGUGUCUAAGAAGAAUGUGUCUUCAAGAGCUAAAAUUGAUGUAGACAAGAUAACUCACAGAGAGCCUUCAUCUUCCUUCCGAAGGCGCACUGCUGUCUACCCAGAAACCUUCUCUUUUCCAGACACCGAUCCUGACAUUUUCACAGCAUGCUCUUUUGGAACUGCAACAUACCCUCGUCAUAUCAGAGAUCUUUCGUCUGAUGAUUUUUCUGAGAUAAUGGCGCUUCAAGGAAGAAUACUAAUGGGAGGACGAUUCAAUUCACGUGAUCUUUACAGAGAUUGGAGACUAGAUGUUGAUAACAUGUCAUAUGAGCAAUUGCUUGAGCUCAGUGAGAGAAUUGGUUAUGUGAAUACUGGACUUAAAGAAGACGAGAUUGAACCUUACAUAAGGAAGACUAAGCUUCAGUUUUCAGAUGAUGCGUCAAAGCAUCAAGUAGACAAAAAGUGCAGCAUUUGCCAGGAGGAGUUUGAAGCAGAUGAUGAGCUUGGGAGGCUUAACUGUGAUCACUUGUAUCACUUUCAAUGUAUACAACAAUGGGUUGCACACAAAAAUUUCUGCCCUGUGUGUAAGCAGCAGGUUGCAGCUCGACACUGAGUGAAAAACUCCUAUGUUUUUUUUUUGACAUUCUCAUCCUAAAAUUAGGUGUAUAAUUUUUUAUAUUCAAAAUUUUCAUAUUUUGGUGUCAAACAACAUUUCAUCUUCCAAACUUUUAGCCUCCUUGUUGAGGAGUCUGUAAUAUAUGUUAUUGGAUUAAGGUUUCUUAACAAUGGAUUUAUUUUAUGCUUCA